ACACCGAUACAGAUGGUUUCAUUACGGCAUCCCGCUUCAUGCUGACCGAAACUGCUGUUGUUUAGGAUAGAAGCUCCCCCUGCCCUGUGACCGGUUGUGAUUUUUGGAUGCGCCAUGCAAUCUCGCUGGUGGAGUUGUGGAAUUCGGCUGGUGGCAUGGACGUGGGUUUGGAGUCUGGCGUUGCACGGAGCAUGGUGCAUCCCCGCAAAUGAAGUGAACCUGCUGGAUUCUCGCUCUGUGGUGGGUGACCUAGGAUGGGUGGCCUAUCCUAACAAUGGGUGGGAGGAGAUCGGGGAAGUAGACGAAGACUACGCUCCCAUCCACACCUACCAAGUGUGCCGGGUGAUGGAGCAGAACCAGAACAACUGGCUCCACACCAACUGGAUCCUGACGGAGGGCGCCCAGCGGGUCUUCAUCGAGCUCAAGUUCACCCUGAGAGACUGCAACAGCCUGCCCGGGGGGGUCGGGACCUGCAAGGAGACGUUUAACAUGUACUACUACGAAACGGACGAGGGCGACGAGGAAAUUGACGGAGAGAUGAACGAUGGGACGGGGAUGACGGAGGAGGUGGACAGGGCGAUGAAGGAGAGCAGAUACUUCAAAGUGGACACCAUAGCCGCUGAUGAGAGCUUCACAGAGCUGGACCUCGGGGACCGCGUGAUGAAGCUCAACACCGAAGUCCGCGAUUUAGGCCCCCUGACCCAGAAGGGCUUCUACCUGGCGUUUCAGGAUCUGGGGGCCUGCAUCGCUUUGGUCUCGGUGCGUGUUUUCUACAAACGCUGCCCGUUUUUGGUGAAGAGUUUGGCCGAGUUCCCCGACACCAUCCCGGGCUCAGAAGCCUCGCAGCUGGUGGAGGUGGUGGGCCGCUGCGUCAAUAACUCUCUGCCUUUAUAUGAGCCUCCCAGGAUGCACUGCAGCACGGAGGGCGAAUGGCUGGUGCCGAUCGGGAAGUGUGUGUGCCAGCCGGGAUUUGAGGAAAUCAACGGAUCCUGUCAAGUCUGCAAAGUGGGGUUUUACCGCUCGCUGCUGGAGUCUCCGGCCUGCAGUAAAUGUCCCCCGCACAGUGUGGCCAGGCAGACGGGAGCCACCGCCUGCAGUUGUGAGGAUGGAUGGUAUAAGAUCGACUCCGACCCUCCCAAUAUGGCCUGCACACGCCCUCCAUCAGGUCCACGCAACGCUAUCUCCAACGUCAACGAGACCAGCGUCUUCCUGGAGUGGUCCGUCCCCAUGGAAACGGGUAACAGGAAGGACGUGCGCUACAACAUCCUGUGCAGACAGGUCCUGCCAGAGGGGAGGGGCUUGGAAGAAUGCGGCCCAAACGUGCGUUUUCUGCCCCGACGCGUCGGCCUGUCAAAUACGUCGGUCAUGGUGGCCGACCUGCAGUCACACACCAACUACAGCUUCCUGCUGGAGGCCGUCAACGGGGUGUCAGAACUGGCAAAAGAGCACGCCAAGCAGUAUGUGUCACUCAAUGUGACAACCAAUCAGGCAGCGCCGUCUCCGGUGAGUGUGGUGAGGAAAGGUGUGACGGGGAAGAGCAGCAUCGCCAUUUCUUGGGCGGAGCCUGACCGCCCCAACGGCAUCAUCCUGGAGUAUGAGAUCAAGUAUUUUGAAAAGGAGCAGGACUCCAGUUAUACCAUUAUAAAAUCCAAGGAGACUGAGAUGGUGGUGGAAGGCCUGAAGCCCUCUUCAGCCUACAUCUUCCAGGUGAGAGCCAGGACCUCGGCAGGCUACGGCGCAUUUAGCCGACGUUUUGAAUUCCAAACCAGCCCUUACUUAACUGCAACCAGUGAGCGUGCUCAAGCCUCGAUCGUGGCGGUGGCCAUCACGUUGGCUCUGGUCCUGCUGGCGGUGGUCGCUGGAUUCCUGCUAAGUGGACGAAGACAUGGUGGUUUUGGUUUAGCCGAAACGGGGGAUGAGGAUCUUGUGUAUCAUAUAAAGUUCCCUGGCGUGCGCACCUACAUUGACCCGCUCACCUAUGAAGAUCCCAACCAGGCGGUGCAUGAAUUUGCUCAGGAGAUUGACGUCUCAUUCAUCUCCAUAGAGAGGAUCAUCGGAGCUGGGGAGUUUGGUGAGGUGUGCAGUGGACCGCUGAGGCUUCCCGGGAAAAGAGAGAUCCAGGUUGCCAUCAAGACCUUGAAAGUGGGCUACACAGAACAGCAGAGGCGCGACUUCCUGUGGGAGGCGUCCAUCAUGGGCCAGUUCAACCAUCCAAACAUCAUCCGUCUGGAGGGCGUGGUCACUAAGAGCAAGCCAGUGAUGAUCAUCACUGAAUACAUGGAGAACGGAUCACUGGACACUUUUCUCAAGAAAAACGAUGGCCAGUUUACUGUAAUCCAGCUGGUUGGGAUGCUGCGGGGAAUUGCCUCUGGCAUGAGAUACCUCUCCGACAUGGGCUACGUUCACCGUGAUCUCGCAGCGCGUAACAUCCUGGUCAACAGUAACCUGGUGUCUAAAGUGUCAGAUUUUGGCCUGUCCCGAGUCCUGGAAGAUGACGCAGAGGCUACAUACACCACACGGGGUGGGAAGAUUCCUAUUCGCUGGACGGCUCCCGAGGCGAUCGCUUACAGGAAGUUCACCUCGGCCAGCGACGUUUGGAGUUACGGGAUCGUCAUGUGGGAAGUGAUGUCAUAUGGAGAGAGGCCGUACUGGGAGAUGUCCAAUCAAGAUGUAAUAAAGGCAGUGGAGGAGAGCUAUAGGUUGCCGGGUCCUAUGGACUGCCCCGAGGCUCUGUACCAUCUAAUGAUGGACUGCUGGCAGCGAGAGCGCAGCAACCGGCCCAAGUUUGAUGAAAUCGUCUGUCUGCUAGACAAACUCAUACGCAAUCCCAGCUCAUUAAAAAAACUGGUGAACUCCUCACACAGGGUUUCCAACCUGUUAGUGGAGCAUGCCAGUGUGGAGGGGAGCUGCAGCGCUCGGAGUCAGACGGUGGGCGAGUGGCUCGACUCCAUCAAGAUGGGGCGCUACACUGAGCUCUUCAUGGAAGGAGGUUACUCUUCACUGGAGACAGUGGCUCAGAUGACUUCAGAGGAUCUCCGAAGAGUAGGAGUGAACCUUGCCGGUCAUCAAAAAAAAAUCAUCACUAGCAUUCAAGAGAUGAGAGUCCAUAUGAACAGCACCAACUCUACUGUAAACAUCUGAUGCAUAUGUACAGGCAUGCGCACACACACAAAUACACACAGUAUAUGGACCUAGUAUGUGACGAAAAAGACUGAGAUUUGCUGUUGGACCUAAAGCAGCUUAGCACUUUCUACGGACAAAGGCACCCGAUGUUUAUGGAUCUAAACUGGAGAAUCCACACAUUGGUGGUUGGUGUGUGUGGAGUUUGCUUGUGGUGUCAUCGGGGGGAUUUGAAAUUGCAGCAGUUAAACCAAACUGAACUGAACUGAACUGAGUGGUGCUUCACCGAGGAAAGAGAGCGUGGGGCAACAUUUUUCAUUUUAAAUAUUCAGUUGUGAAGUCUCUGUUUGGAUUCUCUCAGAUCAAACAUGAAUCAUAGCCUGCAGAUCUGGCUCUGAGAGCAACCAGCACUUUUUGGCUCUAUAACAAAUACGGGAGUUUCACGCAGCAGGCUCAAACUGAACUUUCUCAGCCUGUUUCAGGUGAUUUGAACCCAGUGGAUCUGAACAUUUUGUCUGACAAUUUUCUCUGGAAAUGGAGUUCCAUCACGAGUCAUUGAGCUGAUCGCCAUUCUCAGGUGGGGACAAUGUAAUAAUGCUUCAAGAGCAACGUGAUCACUAGCUUCAGUCUUUGCUUUGCCAUGCUGAUGUGCUUUGGAUUUUGUUUUCCUGACUCAGACAGGUCUUCAUGCAACAGGACUUCAUUUUUAACACAGCUGUACCUCUUAUUCAAGCACCAGACUCAUAUUUAGCAUCAUAUACGCUCUUAUCUUCUAAAGCAAGACAAGAUUACAAAAUGAACAACUUCAUUGUUGAAAGAGACUGAAUAUAUAAUAGAACAGUCUUUGACAAGUGACCCGUCUUGGUCUAAUCGAAACAAAGUUAGAAAAACCAUGAGAAGAUACAGGUCUUUACGAAUAAUGACUUCUCUGGCUGAAUGUAUAGCACUAUACAACACAUUACGCUUGGUUGCACCAUCAACUUGGUAUUCAAAUGCUAUCGAAUAGGUCAGAAUGUGAGGAUAGAACCAUUCUGGUCCUAAAUCUAGCUUCUGAAUGAAUCUGAUGAUUGUAGAAGACAUUGAGCUGGCAUCCUGUCAUCUUUGCUCUGAAACUGUGUAGAAAUUCCCAAAAAGACCUUGAUGGGUUUUUGAAAAACUCAUUAAGUUAUCAAGUCCUAAACCACACAGAUUCUGAUUUAAAAUGGCUUCAUCUAACUGUAUACUUUACGCAUGUUUUAUUGGGAAUUUCACUCGGAUGCCGGACAACCCUUCGCUCUAGCAACAUCGUCAACUUCACCUCGAGGUAUAGAAAGAACUGAGAUCUACUGGAACCAAUUCUCUGAUACUGAUAGAUCCUUCUCCUAGAUUCUGAUGGACCUUCAUACACGUUCUACAAUGGACAUUGAAAAUGCCAUGUUCUAAUGGAAAUAUCACGUCAUUUUUCAAGGAACUUCAAGGAGGAUUCAGCUGGGAGAUUCAUAUGGAAAGUCAAGUACUGUUUGAUCAAUCCGGAUGGACGAUUGCUCUAGUGAUUGAUUAAGGAACUUCCAUUCAGAUUAUCAUGGAAAGGAUCGCCCCGAUUCUGGUGGUACUGUUUACUGUCAUUUUUAUGGAACCCUUCGCUCAGAUUUUAAUGAUAUCUCUACUAGGAUUCCAAUGCAGCCUUCACUCAAGAGUGCACUCAGAUUUUAUGGAGCCUUCACUUACAACCGACAACCUUCAGGUACCGCAGGAAACCCUCAGCAAUCUGUUCAGUUCACCAAGCAGUAGUCUCUCUCCACUACCUGUCUGCCACACCACAAUAAACCUCAUUCUUACGGAACUGCUGAAGAAAAAGGAGGCAAUAUUGAUAAUCAUUUAUUUAUUUAUUGCUGUUUUAAAAAAAAUGAGUAAAAUGGUGUUUGUUUCAUCGUUAUACUCUCUCUUGGACUACUGAGCAGCUCUGCCUACAUGUCUUUCAUGUAUAUAAUGUAUUAUAUAUUUAAAGCAGGGGGCAUUGUUCUUCUGUCUACCAUCCUGUGGACAAGUUGGUAUUGAUCAAGCAUCUCAUUAGUAAAUAGUGACAAUUAUUCUGAAUCAGCAUUCCUGCUACUCUGGCACUCUGAGGUGGGGGCAACCAGCACAUCUGUCUUCAUAUAUGGGUGCCCAAAAGGUUAGCAGAAUUAUCAAAUAUUCAUGUUUUGUUGAUGGUAAUUGUGUUUAAUUUCAAGUUUUGGUUAGAAAUAUUUCCAGAGGCCCUCAAUGAGACAGCAAUAAAUACUUGCAAGUGUGGGCACAGGGAUGGAUAUAUGUACGUCUGGUAUGGUUUAAAGGUAUACAAUGAUGUCAAUGACCAAUCCCUUGCUUUACUUCUCUUUGGUAUGUCAAACAUUGCUCCUCGGUGCUUUAUUGAUAAAAACUUGACCCUUCCCCCUUUUGUUCACCUGAGCGGCAAAUUAGUUCUGACGGUAUAUUUAUCUUCUUUGCAGAUGACAUACUAAUAUUUUUCUUGGUAAUACGCAGUGUACUGCUAGUGCUGUGGCUUAAGAGUGGAAACGAAAUGAGAUUGUAAAGUUAGUUUUUUAAGAAGUGGUUUCUCCUGACUGUUGGAAGAGUAUAGAAAAGCACAGAAGAAGAUUGUAAGGUUUUAAAGGGGUAUUUCACUUUUUUUGCAGGAAAUGUCCCUCGAAUAGUUAAAUAGAGAGCCUCAUUGGUGGAAAAAAGCCACCUUACUUGCCACCUGAUCAAGAUCAUGAUCAUGUUUCUUGACUGGUUUUAUAACAGAUUGUCAGUGAGGAAUGGUCACAAUUUGUAUUCUUUAUGGGCAUCUGUUUUUAAAAGUCUAAAUGUUCUACCAAAGUGAAAGUUUGCUUGAAAGAUAAACAUCUGCAUAGUCAUUUUAGUCUAGAAGUAUCACUUUGGAGGUUUGGCGCCAAUGUGUGUGGGAUUGUACUAGAUCCUGGGAAAAAUGGCCGCCAAAAUAGCUAUUUAGCAUGAAAAUAUGUGGGUAUGUCCCUCUAUUAAGCCAAAUUGUACAUUUUUAUUCAACCAAGUUUCAUUCCAAGACUCAAAAGUGAGUCUUACUUUUGGCAUUCAAACAUGUAUCAUGGUUAUGCAGAUCUUUAAUUGAGCGGGAAAGCAUCAACAAUAUGGUGAAUCUUUUAUAGACAGUAAAAGGCAUGUACAGAGAAAGUAAUUGUGCUGGCUGAUCAAUACCGCAGGCGUUUGAUGACGUUUUCACAGUGUUCUGAUCCCUCCCAAAUGUCAUGUUGUCGGCUUUUUUACAAUAAACUUAAUUUUCAACUUAAAGCCCACACCUGGGUUAUGAACAAUUGGUGAAUAGUACACACUUAUAAGUGCCUCUCAUCUUACGAGCACCAUUUUUUUUCCUCCCCUGCCAAAAUGCUAUGCCCCAAUUGUGCCCCAACUUUCUAUGUAAUUUGCUUUUUGCCAACAAUAUCUACAGGCAAAAAGAAGAAUGUCAGACAAUGUGUAUGUUGGAACUAAUUUAAUUUGCACUUUAUUAGAAAUCUUGUGCCCUUUUUGUUUGACUAAAAAUGUCUAUAGGUGACUGACUUUUCAGUGUCAAAGUUUCUGUUAAUGAUUUAAUACAUAGAUAUAAUUACAGUAUUCCCACUUCAUAUGCUCAAUGCUUCCCAUAGUUUUAAAUUUGACAGUUAAGCACAAAGCAUUGGUGAUAUUUUUUAAAGACAAAUCAGAGCUAUAUAUAUGGAAAAGCGUUAUUGAUGUAGAGCACCAUUUUCUUGUGUACGGCACAACGAUACACCUUCAGAACGUAAACACAGGGUCGGAUAGGAAUCUUAAAGGACGGUCAACGAACCAUAUGACUUUGUACACGCGUCAAUAGCACUAGCCCUCGAUGUCAACAAACUGUGGUGUUUGUGGCAUUUUUUGCAUUACCACUUGUAAAAAGCAGGUGUUGAUGUGUCACUGGAAACGAUACAGCUUAGUUGAUAGUUGUUGCUGCGUGAAACAUCUUCAUUAAUUCAAGUGAUUUACUGUCAGCACUUUUGCAACGACGUGAUUUUAUUCUGGUCGUCUCUUUGUUAAACAACUGGAAGAAACAAAGCACAGCCAACCAGCAGAGACUUGUAAAGAUGUUUGGUGUGUUGUUUCUCUCCAAUGACUUCCAGCUGUAUCUCUCAUCAAACAUGCAGUAAGGUGUUAUGCAGGAGCCCGUUUUUAGUGUCAAAUACAUUACCAACAUGUUUAAUGUUACAUCUGAUUCAACAACUUUGUAGUUUGAAUAUGGCUUUCAGAAGAGGGUAAUCUAAUGUAUUCACACCAAUAUAAACAGACAUUUCCAGAACAAGUACUUGCAGGUGUACUUAUUGACAUUUUUGAUUGAAAGCACCGCAUAAACCGUCGAAUAGGAGGUUUGACUGGAUUCCACCAAAUGUACAAAAGCAAUACUUCAUUUCUUAUCUUUCAAAAAACAUAUAUGCACACACAAGUGCAUGGCAAUUUAACAACCAUAAAAGGUUGCACUGACAUCUGACUGGAUUUUAAAAUAAUAGUGUUGGUAUCUUUAAAAAACGUUAAAUGGGUACAUUUAUUAGCUCAUGGAAAUGUGGUCAAAGUGGAACAUGUGCAGCUUUCACUCAAAAUAUCAACAUGCUAAAGCAGGUUUGCGGUUAUUUUCGGUGGUUUUCCCCAGGUCAAAGACAACAAUCAAUUUAUCAGUAAUUCACUCAUAAGGUUUUAUGAAUAACUGUUUUGUGAUUCUUUGAAAGCACAGUAAAGAUAAUAUUGAUGUGCUAUUGGUUUGUCUUUGAGACUGUCAUGUAUUAUGUUUGUGUUGAUGUUUUUGU